CGUGGGAGGUGCUGGAGGAGCAGGCAGCAGCCGUGCGUCCCACUCGGCAGGCACGGCGAUGCUGCGGGUGAGCAGCCCCGCGGGCACGGUGACACUGGCACUGCUGGCACUGGCACUGGCACCAGGCGAAGGGCAGCACUACGACUACUAUGGCUGGCAGCCGGAGAACGUGCCCCGCGGGCGCUUCUACGGGCGGGAGCCGCAGUGUGUCGACAUCCCGGCAGACAUGCAGCUGUGCCACGAUGUGGGCUACAAGCGCAUGCGGCUGCCCAACCUGCUGGAGCACGAGUCCAUGGCUGAGGCCAAGCAGCAGGCCAGCAGCUGGGUGCCGCUGCUCGCCAAGCAGUGCCACGCCGACACGCAGCUCUUCCUCUGCUCUCUUUUUGCCCCUGUCUGUCUCGACCGCCCCAUCUACCCAUGCCGCUCGCUCUGUGAGGUGGUGCGUGAUGCCUGUGCGCCCGUCAUGGAGUCCUACGGCUUCCCCUGGCCCGAGAUGCUGCACUGCGGCAAGUUUCCUUCUGACCACGACCUCUGCAUCACCGUGCAGUUUGGGAACAACCAGGCCACCCCUCCACCAGUGCCUAAGAUCUGCACCCAGUGUGAGAUGGAGCACAAGGCGGAUGGCAUGAUGCAGCAGAUGUGCUCCAGUGAUUUCGUGGUAAAGAUGCGCAUCAAGGAGGUGAUAGAGGAGAAUGGAGAGAGGCGCCUGCUGGCUGCCCAGAAGAAGAAGGUGCUGAAGCUGGGUCCCCUCAAGCGCAAGGACACCAAGAAGAUGGUGCUGCACAUGAAGAACACGGGCUCCUGUCCCUGUCCCCAGCUCGACAACCUAAGUGGCAGCUUCCUGGUGCUGGGACGCAAGGUGGGCAGCCGCCUGCUGCUCCUUGCCAUCUACCCCUGGCAGAAGCACAACAAGGAGAUGAAGUUUGCUGUCAAGUUCAUGUUUUCCUACCCUUGUCCCCUAUACCAUCCCUUGCUCUACGGGGCCGGGCAGCACUAGAGCUCUGUCCCAGGACUCCUGCGCUCGCCCUGCUCUGCAUCCCCAGUUCUGCACUCAGGCUACGUUCAAGGAAGCCCUGAUCUGCACCCAGGACCCCUGCAGCCCCCUGAGCCCCUACCUGCACGUAAGACCCCUGCUUGACCUCAGCUGCACCCCAGACCCCAACCCCGUGCCUCUGCCCAGCUCCCAUACUCCUGCCCUCUGUGCCCACAGACUGCCUGCCUCAGCUCCCAAAAGUCCCGAGCUGCAUGGCCCCAGCUCUCCAGCACCCUGCACCCUGGCCUAACCCUACUAGAGUAAAUUAUUUUGUCUGAGAUAAGCCUGCAUCCAGCUCUCUGUGGUUCUUGGGCUCCAAAACCUUGGGGCAUCCUGGGGGACACAUGGAAGGAGGGCACAGUGCAGCUCAAAAGUUGCUACUCGAUACCUGCUUCCAGCACCUGGGAAGUAACCAUGGAAGGGCAGGGAAAAAGGGAGAAAGAAAUCUGAGGGCUGGGGAAUGCAUGGAGUGAGGGUGGCACCAAGUGUAGCAGGGUGCAGAGCUGGACAUCACACCUCUCAGCCCUGGGUCCCAGGAGUUCCUGCCCUGCAGCAUGGAAGUGAAGCAGCCCCAAGAUGGCUUCUAGGGGCACAGCAGGGUCCCCCUCAGCCUUGUUUACCCAGCAUAUUUUUGAGUCUGCUGCAUUACAGAGCAUCCUGGCAGGAUAUCCAGACACCAGGAUAUUUACUCAGCACCAGGUGGCCUUACACUACAGCUUCUCAGGGGGAGGUGAGGGGAACUGAAGCUGUAGGACACCCCACGCCUGGCUUUUCCCAUUGCACUGCCCCACCAGCAAGGCACCAGGCACGUCCCCCAAGCAGGAAUGAGAUCUGUUCCUGUUCUAUUGCAGGGCAGGCCAUAGCAAGCACCGAUGCUGACAGUGGGAUGUGCUCCUGUCCCACAUCCAGCACAGGAGGGGGGCAGCAAGCCCCUAUGACUGCCUGGGGCAGGUGGUUCCUGCCCCCUCCCUUCUCCACAGCCAGCAUGGAAAAAAACUGAAAAUUCAAAUAGCGGUAGAAGGCAUUUUCCAACGAGGCUGCUAAGCAGACUGCCAUUGGAAUAAACACCAUCAAUUAUACCAUUUACUGCACAACUCGAAGUACACAAAUAAAACCCCACCUCCCACAGCUUGUGUUUAUCUGUAGCCCUCUGUAUUCUGCGUCAUUAGCAUCUUUCUGAGGAGCACUUAGACGUACACGGACAUUGCAUCCAUCUCACCAAGUGUUUCCUCAAGAAAGACGAGUAACUUCUCCCUGUCACCCACCACGAGAUGAAAUAACCUCCUGCCCCUCUGCACACUGCCUCCCCCACUACAGCGCCUUUGGAGCACACCCAGCACAAUGUGGGUAUGCCCAUCACUGCAGAGUUCAGCUUUCCCCACAAUCUCCCAAGGGCAGAGCUCACUCAAGAGGCAGGUCCAGGGGCCCACAGCCAUGAGGUCUCAGAUUUGUGGGGAGCACUGAGACCUGUGCCCCCAUCCAGAUCAUACCUAGAGCAGUGGGUGACCCAGCCUGAGGGCUCCAGCUUUCCCCCCCACCACCCACCCUCCCCCCAGAACUGCAGCUGGCUGGCAGGAGGCCCAGCCACAGGCACUCCCAGCUGCAUGGCAGCCAGGGUCGCAUUCCUGGGAUAGCUGGGAGCUUUGCUGUUCAGCAGGGAAAGGUCACCCUUGUGUGCGUGGGCAGCUGCCAGGACCACCACCUCCGUAGGGCAGGGAGUGAGCCCAGCUGAACCUCAUCCCUGGCCCAGCACGAUCAGGCCCUGGCCCAGAGCAGCUCCACACAGCCCUGGGUACAGGGCAAACAAGACCACUGUGUAUUACAAU